CCUAGACCUCCCGCCCCGUGACCACCGGACCCCGCGGCCCGUGGGCAACCGUCCGCCCGUGACAACGUCCCCGCCCGUGACAACCUCCCUGCCUGUGACAACCAGACCCCGCAGCCCGUGACAACCUCCCGCUCCCCUCACACCAACGGCCAGAGCUCGAGGCGCUCCUCUCGUGGCAAAAUGACACCCCGCGGCCGUGACAACCGAUGCUCUUCCGUGGAGACACAAGAAAAUGCAGACGCGGGAAUCUAGUGCAAGACACAAAGUUAGACACAAAACCCUGGAGUAACUCAGCGGGAGUGAUUACUCCCUCCGCAAGUCACAAAGUGCUGGAGUAACUCGGCGGGCCAGGCAGCAUCCGUGAAGGGAAUGGAUAGACGCAUCACUCCCUGUGUCUUUGCAAUUCACUCCUCUCUUUCCCCCCCCCCCCCUAUCUGACAACCUUUUGUCUCCUUUUGGCCUCCAACCUUUGUCACCCACCUGCCAAUCACUACCCCUUACCUGUAUCCAACUGUCUGAAGAAGGGUUUCGGCCCGAAACGUUGCCUAUUUCCUUCGCUCCAUAGAUGCUGCUGCACCCGCUGAGUUUCUCCAGCAUUUUUGUGUACCUCCAACUAUCACUUGCCAGGCUUUUCCCCAUCCCCGCUUCUCUUUUCUAGAUAUAGAGGAAGGCUAUGCCAUUAGCCUGAAGAUAGGUCCGAACCCAAACUGUUGCCUGUCUAUUCCCUCCACAGAUGUUGCCUGGUCUGCUGAGUUCCUGCAGCCGUUUGUUAAGUCACAGUACUAAUAUUGAUGGUGUAGCUGGCAUCUGUCUCUUGAAGUGCAACCCUUCUUCACCAAUGAUGAAGUCCAUGGGAUCAAAUUGACAGUACAUCCUUAGCAACAAAAGAUGGGCUAGAUUGCACGAAUGCUCAGUAUGGGGAGGACAUGGGAAAAUCUAGUUAAUGUAGCCCAAAGAACAAAAUACAAGAUCAAGAACAAGGAGCUGAUUCACUGAAGGCGACUGGGGAGAGAUAAUUGGGCUGAUUUUCCCAACAUUCUCAUUUGUUUAACGUUUCCAGCAGCUAUUGUGUUCAUUCUCUCGCAGUACGGCAGAUUUCUUGCAUAUCCUGUUUUUUUAAUUCCAUCACAACUCUUGGUACAACACUGUCAUCUGCUGCCCAUAUGCUUCAGGUGCAGCAGCAACAGUCUUUAUAACCACAAUAUCUGGGUAACUCCUUGUGGCAUGACAUGAUGCUCUAGAUUGCAAAUGGACUUUAUACUCUUGUAACACAUGACAAUCGAGUGCAACUUGCAUCUAUUUACAGAAGCCAUCAUCCUGGGCUUUGAAAAGACAGCUGCACAAACAUGUGUUUCAACACUGAACCUUUGGACCAAGUGUGUGUCCAUACUGUGACAAACAAUAACAUUACGAACAAAAGCAAUUACAGGAAUUUUGAGUAUGGAGUCCUCCAGGACCGGGUCUUGAACACAUAUCGACUGAUGCACACUUACCAGACAGUGGAGUUUGUGAAGAGAAAGAUCUCUCGGUGGGUCCCAUGUUUACAGGCUGAAAUGACGGUGAUGGAGGCUCUUCAGGCGCUCGACCAUUUGGUGGAUGAAUCUGAUCCCGAUGUGGAUUUUCCAAACUCAUUCCAUGCCUACCAAACUGCAGAGGGAAUCAGAAAUGUUCAUCGCAGCCUAGACUGGCUGCACCUUGUUGGACUGCUACAUGAUAUCGGGAAAAUCCUCUCAAUCUGGGGGGAGCCGCAGUGGUGUGUGGUCGGAGACACUUACCCAGUCGGCUGUCGGUUUCAAGAAUCCAUCGUUUACAGGAACAACACAUUCGCAGAUAAUCCAGAUCUCAAGGACGCAAGAUACAGCUCGCUCUGUGGGAUUUAUGAGCCUAACUGUGGUUUGGAAAAAGUGAUGAUGUCUUGGGGGCAUGAUGAGUAUCUGUAUAAUGUGCUGAAAACUAAUGGAUGCAAACUUCCCGAAGAGGGACUGUACAUGAUCCGCUACCAUUCGUUCUAUCCCUGGCACACGAAGGGAGAUUACAUGCACCUCUGUAACCACAAAGACCUGAACAUGCUGCAGUGGGUUAAAGAAUUCAACAAGUUUGAUCUGUAUACCAAGAACGAGGAUUUACCCGACAUAAAGAAGCUACAGCCCUAUUAUCAACAACUGAUUGACAAAUAUUGUCCUGGGAAAUUGCGUUGGUAACCAGAGGGACAUUGUUUACCCCAAAGCAACACCUCAAUCUUGGACAAAUAAUGUCCUUCAGAACUGGGACAAUUUCAGGAAAAGUUCACAACUGAUCAAAAUUUCCAAGAAACAUUUGUUUUGAAUUUGCAAUUUAUCUGGAUGAUCUCCAUUAGCUCUCUGCUUAAAAUAUCACCCAGGUUUCUAAAUUGUAAGCUCACCCUGUCAUUUAGUUUUCACUGUUGUUUUAUGCAGCAGUAACUCACACUGUGACAACAAGUGUGUUGCCUCUCUAAACGCAAAGCUGACACACAGCUCCUACUGAUAUUUGUGGCCCGAGAAUACUUUGGAAAAAGGAACAACCUUAAAAUUAAAUUGUAUUUCUGCUGGAUUAAAAUGAAAUUUCAGAUUAUUUAAAAAUUCUGAAUUUUAUUGGUUGCAGUGGGAAUGAAAGUGUAUACAAACUUUGGGGAAAUGCAACCCACUAUGCUGUACACAAAUACUAAAUAUACAGGACAGACAACUGUUUAGUCAUAAAAUUACUGUUACCUUCUGGUACAAGCUGGGAACAAAAGAGUCAAGGGGUAUUUUGGAUACCCAAGACGUACAGGUUUCUAGGCCAAUUGGCUUGGUAAAACUGCAAAUUGUCCCAAGUGUGUGUAGGAUAGUGUUAAUGUGCGGGGAUUGCUAGGCGACAAGGUUUCGGUGGGCCAAAGGACCUGUUUCUGUGCUGUAUCUCUAAACUAAUCUCAAAGGCACAGACAAUGAGUUCCUAUGAUUACACUUUAGAUAUGAAUGCAGUUAAUUGAGUUGUUUAAAUUGAGAAGAAGUUCAACCAGACAAUAGGGCUGCUGGUGAAGGAAGAUUAGUUGGGGAAGGGGUAGAACCUUAGGCCAUCCAGUUAUUUUUAUUCUGGAUUUGCAGCACUUUAAGUGAUGGGAAGAUCGCGUUUUCCAAAGAGCAAAUGUCUUAACAGAAUUCCAUUUGAUUUGAAUCAGAUUGUUACUAAAACACCCGUCAGUCUAGUAAUGAAGGUUACAUUGCACCUGAGAAAUGUUGAAGUGCCAUUCCGUCACUCACCCCCAGAGGACACAAGUUGUUGCAACUUUCAUUCAUCUCCUGAGGCUGCAAGGAUAUACAUCCAUUUAUUGAGCCCUGGGAAUACCAAUGAUUAGUUUUCACCAUAGGCAUUGUCUGAUGGAGAAAGUGGGCCAUUGGUACCAUGCAUGCCUAGUAUUGUCUCAGCUCUCUGUGAAUGAGAGGAGAGCAUAUGCAAUAAAAUGUGAAGUUUAAAAUUGAAAACGGCAUCUUCAAUCAGUUGAUCAACGACACUUAGUACAAACGUGAAGGGCAUCUAAACUAUCACCAUCAUUCACACCCUCUACCAUCAGUGUACUGUGGUAACAAUGUUUAUUGUCUACCAGCUGAUGAGCAACAAACGACAGCUGCUUCAGCAGCAUCGCACAAACCCAUAACUUCGACAAGUUGGGGAAAAAAAAAAGAAAGAAAAAAAAAUUAGGCCUGCA